AUGGUCAAAGAACUUCUUCGAAUCGGUGCCCAAUUUGUUGGGUACCGUGAGUAUGCUAGCAAGACAGAAGAAAAACUUGCUGAAGCCAACAAGCUUGCCGACGCUCUUGCUCAGAAGCUAGAGCAGAGUGAAAUGGCUCGCAAGAAGGCUGAUCUUGAUGCUAGCCGAGCUAAAGCAGAGGCUGAGGAGGCCAUAGCCAAAGCUUCUGGUGUCGAAGAUCUGCAGAAGAGGCUGGCUGAUGCCGAAGCUGCUUUAAAUGAACACAAGGCCUCCCAAGCUGCUCGUGAAAAGUCUCGCAAAGCAUUAGAAGCCGAGAAAACUGCACUUCAACAAGCUCAAGAAGCCUUGGAUGCUAAAGAGACCGCCCUUGCUGAAGUUGGAAAAGCGACCGCUCGAGAAAAUCUUAUGCUGGAGUUGAUGAAUGAGGCCAGCGCAGAUAUGUCGGGUUCCUUUCUUGACUCUGCUGCUGAAGAGGAAAGGGUUUCAGGACCGCGCCUCCCAGAUUCGCGACUUCUUGGACUUCUGUACUAG